AUGGAGUUAUGUGAUAAAAAGGCGAAGUUGUCAUAUACACAUUUGAUGGCGGACUUAAAAAGUCACCUACAGAGGCUUUACGCCUAA